AUGGGGAUUCUCUCGGAUUCGUUUUUCUGGUUACUCGCGGCGGGUAUUGUUUUGUUCUUGGUGAGGAUCGUGUUAUUCAAAACUGGAUUGAUUUACAUGGUGAAGAAAUGGCGGAGGACGGUCUUCGAUUGGUUCCAUGUUUAUCAAUUUUACAAGGUCCCAGAAUUCAACGACAACGUGCAAGAGAAUCAGCUGUACCGGAGAGUGUACACGUAUCUGAAUUCGUUGAGCUCGAUCGAGAAUUCCGAUUUCACGAAUCUCUUCACCGGGAAAAAGUCUAACGAGAUCAUCCUCCGCUUGGACCGGAACCAGGUCGUUGGCGACGAGUUUCUCGGCGCUAGAGUUUGUUGGAUCAACGGAGAAGACGAAGACGGAGCGAGGAGUUUCGUUUUGAAGAUUCGCAAAGCCGAUAAACGGAGAAUUCUCGGCUCGUAUCUCCAGCAUAUACACACAGUCUCUGAUGAGCUUGAGCAGAGGAACACAGAGCUGAAGCUGUUCAUGAACGUUGGAAUCGACGGAGACGAUGAAGGGAAGAGGAGGAAGAAGAACGGACGGUGGAGAUCGAUUUCGUUCAAUCACCCGUGCACCUUCGACAAUAUCGCCAUGGAAGCGGAUUUGAAGAACAAGGUGAAAUCGGAUCUCGAAUCGUUCCUCAAAGGGAAGCAGUACUACAAUCGGCUUGGGCGCGUCUGGAAAAGGAGUUAUCUCUUGUACGGACCUUCCGGCACCGGGAAAUCAAGCUUCGUCGCGGCGAUGGCGAAUUUCCUGGAUUACGAUGUUUACGAUAUAGAUCUAUCCAAAGUUGCGGAUGACUCGGAUUUGAAGAUGCUUCUGUUACAGACCAGAGGCAAAUCAGUGAUCGUCAUCGAAGAUCUCGAUCGAUUCAUCUCGGCGAAAUCAACGGCUGUGAGCGUGUCAGGGAUUUUGAAUUUCACAGAUAGUAUCCUCAGCUCAUGCGCCGCCGAUGAACGGAUCAUGGUGUUCACGAUGACGGGGAAAGAACAAAUCGACCCGGCAAUGCUCCGACCGGGUCGGGUCGACGUUCACAUUCACUUCCCGUUAUGCGAUUUCACGGCGUUUAAAACGCUCGCCAACAACUACUUGGGCGUGAAAGAGCACAAGCUUUUCCCUCAAGUGGAAGGAAUAUUCCAAAACGGUGCGUCUCUAAGUCCCGCCGAGAUCGGAGAGCUGAUGAUCGCGAAUCGUAAUUCGCCGACUCGUGCGUUGAAGUAUGUCAUAAACGCUCUGCAGAUUGACGGAGAUCGGAGGGGAAAUGGAAGGCGCUCGCUUCAAGAAAGCGGCACGAGAAGAUCGACAUCGGAGGAUGUCACCAGCGAAAUGAACAGUCCUCUUUGCGGCGGAGGGAGUUCGCCGGCGGUGAAGGAGUUCAGGAAGCUAUAUGGGUUGUUGAGGAUCAAAAGUAGUAGAAAAUCUGAGUCGUUUGAUGUGGCUCGAGAAAGUAAGGACGGCUAG